AUAAAUGACGGUCUCUUUCACCUAUGGUGAGAACGCUUGUCUUGUUUACAUUCAAACGUGGUCUCUAAUAUUACUUCCUACUUCGCGUCAGGCUUCCCAGAAGUGAUUGAGGUCUUUCUUAACGAAUAGUAUGCCUUCUUACAAAAACAUAGAUGUGUCAUUUACCCUGAUUGGUCUAACCAUGCCUUUCCAAGGAUAGUGCGUCAUGACAAGGACCCACGUAUAGUGCUUAUGCGCAUGUUGAUUACGCAGAGGUGCAACACCGGCGCCGGUAAAGUCAGCGGCUUUGACGAGCGAUAUCUUUGCUUCUGACUAUAAUAUUGCUAUUUUUGCAUCAUGGCAAGACCACGAAGCAUGACUUUGGAGGAGAUUCACGCCUUCCUUGAUGUGGAGUCGGACUUCAACUUCGAGGAGAUUGGUGAUAGUGGUUCAGAGUCUGGCAGCGUGGACUCCGAGGUAGAGGAUGCAUUCGCGGAGGGCAUGGAUGUCCUCCUUGACUUUGCUGAACCAUCUGCCCCUCUGCCUCGCUCCCUCACCUCCAGUGACCCUUUGGAAGGGACCUCAGCUACAGCCCCACCUGUCAGGCCUCCAGCGUCUACCCCCAUCGCCACUCCUGGUACCUCUGCCACUGGUCCCUCAGCCAGCACUAGUGCACCUCAGCAUCGUGCAAGAGGCCCAGCUCCAGCCCCAGCCUCAACUCCAUGCCCUCCUGCAGCAAGGUGUAGUGCCAGGUGUGGCAAGCGCCCAGUCCCAGCCUCAACUCCAUGCCCUCCAGCAGCAAGGCGUGACAAGCGCCCAGCCCCAGCCUCAACUCCAUGCCCUCCUACAGCGAAGCGUGGUGCCAGGCAUGGCAAGCGCCCAGCUCAAGCCCCAGUGGAGAGUGACCCCCCAGUGGACAUGUGGCAUGAUGCAGACUGGGAAGAUGUGGAGCCUCCUCCUUUCAAGUUCUGUCCCAAGAGGACCCCAGACCCCCUGUUUUCUAACACUUCUACAUUUCCCCUAAAAGACAUAAGCUUAGUUUCAAUACAGUAUUUGGCAUUUGGAGAGGUAAGGAUCCUCCUUAUUGGUUAACUUGAAAUAAGUGUAAAUAUUAGCCUGAAAUGAAGUGAAAUUUAUAUUUACAAGGUCAAAACACAAAAAUACCACACACACAACCUGCUAUAUGGGGAAAAUCUUGUUUUUGUAUUUUGGAGAGCUUGGAGAGGUUAUGGACACUUGGAAACGCCUAUAUGCACCUAUUAGAAAUUGCUGUGUAGAACCUAUGUAAUUUUAUGCAUCUGCUUAAAAUUUUGGAGUUUGCUUCCUAAGAACAUGUAGAUACAGGAAAUGUAGUGUAUGACCUGCUGUUCUAACACACCAUCCAUGGACACACUGACAACUACAAAAAUAAUAGGCGUUUUUUACUUUUUUGACAUUUUCCUCUGUAUAUGAUGUUCUAAAAUGUAGACUUAAUGAAGGAAAUAAAGGUCUGGAGGUGAAUUAA